GCGCGCACAAGCAGAUCGCUGCCGAGGCGCGAGAGGACGACGGAAAGUUCUGUUGCUCGGAGCAACCAACGGAGGAUCACUAUCCAACGAAUGAAGAGUGAACUCAUUCACCAUGUUCUGCAGUGUGAACACUGUCGCAUGAGAUCUGGAAGAGUGCUUUAAGCUUGCAACCAUGAUCUGGACUAUUUUAUUACCAUACUGUGUGACAUUUGUACUGGGGAAUAGGACCGACGAACGCAUACCUUUCUUUCACGGACAUGUGUUUGAAAACUCCCCACCUGGUACGAAAGUGAACGGGCUGAGUAUCCCGGUGAAGCGCAUCGACCCGCAGAGAUGGUGCUUAAAGUCCGGGAUGCACCUGAAACUCCAGGGCGACAGGAGUGAAGAUUUUCACGUCUUCGCUCACCACAAACGAGGACACAUAUUACUGAAGACCUCUAACGUUCUGGAUAGAGAAGAGCGCUCUGAUUAUUUCCUCAGUCUGGCGCUUUGCUGUGAGAGUUGCGCGUCCGCCGAACGCGUCGUGGCCGAAGUUGCGUCUAUAAAAGUCGACGUGCUCGACACUAACGACCACGAGCCCACUUUUCGCCACUCAGAUGUGAAAAUAACUUUGGACGACGCCACGGCCCUGAGGUCGGUGGUGUACACGGUGAAAGCGGAGGACACUGACAGCGGCAAAAACGCCGAGCUCAUAUACUACGCGUUGCCGAAAAACUGCAGUUUCUACGUAGUGCCCAAAACCGGCGACAUUCUCCUCGUGGACUCGAUACUCGGUCUCGCGCGGCCCAUAAAGUUCAGCGUGUUUGCGCGAGACCACGGCUGGCCCGCUCGAACCAGUCGCAAUAUGGAAAUAGAAAUCAGUCCACGCCAGUGGCCAGCCCGCUCAGAUAACGGACUCUCGAGAAAGUCCCGUUCCGUGAUGGAACUGGACAAGCCCGUAGUUAUCACCGUGUCCGAAGACGCGAGUAUUGGCUCGGUCAUAAUGAACCUGCACCCGGUGAGGUUUCAGUCCGCCAGCUUUGAGCUGUUACAUCCGGACGUGGAUGACUCUCCAGUCACCGUGAGUCGGGACAGCGGAGAUUUGAUUAUAUCGAGGCAGCUCGACCGAGAGACGCAGCCGCUAGUGGAGAUAACCGUAAAAGUACAAGAUAAGCGAGGUCCAGAAUGGUAUACAGUGAGAGUGGAUUUGACAGUGAUGGAUGUCAACGAUAAUGCCCCUGAGUGGAAGAUGGUACCUUUCCCCUACCUGAGUGUGGUAUCUGCUAGUGCCCCACCUAACUCACUGGUCUACAAGCUUCAAGCCUGGGAUGGUGAUGAUGGUAUCAGUGGAGAAGUGGAGUACUUUCUGUCUGAUGGAGGUGACGGGAGGUUUGAGGUGGACAGGAAAAAUGGUCACGUGCGGACUACGGGUCUACCCCUGCAGAGAGACAGAGAAUAUCUUCUAACAGUGGUGGCUGCCGACAGUCAGGGCAGCCGCAGCCCUGCUGCUGUUGUGUCUGUCAUUGCAGGUCCAAGAGCUCCUCAGUUCACCAACAUGUCUUAUACUAUUAUUAUACCAGAGAACACACCAGAAGGACAACCCUUUCUUGUCACUCCAGCAAUGUCCUUCCAGAAACAGCCAAUAACAUACAGCCUGCUCAUCAAUCCCAGCAGUCUUUUCAACAUCCAGCAGGAGACUGGGGAGAUCAGUCUGACCCGCAGUAUAGACUAUGAGAGCGACCAGCACCGCUACCUGUUGCUAGUGAGGGCCAGUGAAAACCAGGACAGUCUCAGUAGUGCUGCAGAGGUGCGUGUGAUCAUCACAGAUGAGAAUGAUUGUGUUCCAGAAUUCCUGCAGUCCAUUUACAGUAAAGAUGGCAUCCCUGAGACAGUCACGACUGCAACUUCACUCCUGCAAGUUUCAGCCAGCGAUUGUGAUUCAGAACAAAAUGCAGAGAUCACAUACUACACACUUAGUCCAGAUUUCAUCAUUUCAGCACAUGGCACCAUAUUCCCUGCGGGCUCUUUGGAUUAUGAGAGGCUCAACCACCUGUAUGAAUUUGUAGUGAUGGCAGUGGAUAAGGGUGAGGUGCCCCACACCGGUACCGCCACCGUACGUCUCCGUAUGGCCAAUGUCAACGAUGAGCCUCCAGAGUUCUCGCAACCUGUGUAUAGGACCUUUGUCUCUGAGGAUGCAGGGCCCAACACUCUGAUUGCAACAGUGCUGGCUAAGGAUCCGGAUGGAGAUGGGAUCACAUACAAAAUUGCCGCUGGCAAUGAGGAGGGCAACUUUGUCAUCGACAGUCAGAAAGGACUGAUCCAUCUCCGCUCCAGCCCUCCGCCCAAACUUCAGGGUGUAAAGUAUGUUCUAAACAUAACAGCAACAGAUGACAACGCCUCUGGUGGACCACAGUCACUCUCCACCACUGCCCAGGUCAUCGUGGGAGUGGAUGAUGUAAACAACAACAAACCUGUGUUUGAAAAGUGUCUCGAGUAUAAGGAAAGGGCCUCAGUUCUGGAAAAUAAGCCAGCUGGAACAUUUGUACUGCAGGUUCAUGCAGACGAUGCUGAUGAAGGUGCCAAUGGACAAGUAACGUAUGGCUUCAUGCACAAAGACAGCACUGUUCCAGCCUUCAGCAUUGAUCCAGAAACAGGUGUUAUCGUAACUACAAUAAAGUUUGACCGGGAGAGGCAGAGAGAGUAUGCAGUAACAGUGACGGCCACGGAUCAAGCGGCGGACCCCCUCAUAGGCAUCUGCCAACUCAACAUUCUGAUCCUUGAUGAAAAUGACAACAGCCCCAAAUUUGAGAACUUGCGCUAUGAAUACUUCUUGCGAGAGGACACCAUGAUUGGUACCAGUUUCCUGCGAGUGGCUGCACAUGAUGAUGAUUACAGCACCAAUGCAGCCAUCACUUACUCCAUGUCAGAGGAACAACCAGAGUACCUGCGGGUGAAUCCGCUCACAGGCUGGAUCUACGUAAACCAGCCCAUCUCGCAGAGGACCUACAUCACCAGGCAGAUCAUAGCUACAGAUGGAGGGAAUCGGAGCAGUUCAGUUGAGCUGGCAGUCACCAUCACCAAUGUGAAGAACCAGCCACCACAGUGGGAGAAGGACAGAUAUGAGGUCAUCAUUCCUGAAAACACUGUCAGAGACACACCAGUUGUGACUAUCAAGGCCACAUCCCCACUGGGUGAUCCGAGGGUGACUUAUAACUUGGAGGAUGGAUUGGUUCCAGAGAGCAACAUGCCUGUUCGUUUCUACCUAACCCCAAACCGUGAUGAUGGCUCCGCCUCUAUACUUGUUGCAGAACCCCUGGACUAUGAGACCACUCGCAACUUCAUGCUUAGGGUUCGAGCUCAGAAUGUGGCUCCUGUACCUCUAGCAGCCUUCACCACUGUUCACAUAAACAUCACAGAUGUCAAUGACAAUGUUCCGUUCUUCACCUCCUCUAUAUAUGAGGCAUCAGUGACCGAAGGAGCGAUGAUUGGCACUCUAGUUCUCCAGGUGUCAGCCAAUGAUCUUGACCUGGGGCUGAAUGGGAAGAUAUCCUACUCUCUACUGAAUGAUCGCAGUGGAGACUAUCAGUACUUCCGCAUUAAUCCUGAGCUGGGCACCAUCUACACAGAGACUGUGUUUGACCGUGAGACCAAGGGAUCAUACCUUCUUGAGGUGAAGUCAGUGGAUGGCUGGGAGUCAGCCAGGCCGGGGAAGCAUGGGCAGCCCAACUCAGAUACAGCGUAUGUGCGCAUUUUCAUCAGUGAUGUGAAUGAUAACAAGCCGGUGUUUGCGCAGUCUGUGUAUGAAGUUGAUGUGGAUGAGGAUGCUGACGUGGGAUCCACCAUUCUGACUGUCAGCGCUAAUGAUGAAGAUGAAGGUGCUAAUGCCAAAUUGCGCUACCAGAUUACAUCAGGUAAUGUAGGAGGUGUUUUUGACAUGGAGCCUGAGGUGGGAACCAUCUUCAUCGCUCAGCCGCUGGAUUACGAACAAAACAAGCUUUAUAAGUUGCAUGUCUUGGCCUCGGAUGGGAAGUGGGAAGAUUACGCCACCGUAAUAGUCACCAUUGGGAAUAAGAAUGAUGAAGCACCUGUGUUCUCGGUGAAUGAAUACUAUGGCAGCGUGACAGAGGAGCUGGACGGUUCUCCUGUCUUUGUGCUGCAGGUAACAGCUUCUGACCCAGAUAAGGAUGCUGAUCAGGAGGCUUUGAGGUAUUCUUUACAUGGUCAGGGUGCUGAGAGUGAGUUCAUGAUUGACGAGAUGACAGGGAAGAUCUAUGCCCAGAGAACUUUAGACCGCGAGACACGGGCAGUGUGGCGUUUUGUGGUACUGGCCACAGAUGAGAGCGGCGAGGGCCUGACAGGAUUCACUGAUGUCAUUAUAAACGUGUGGGACAUAAAUGACAAUGCUCCCAUUUUUGCUUGUGCCCCGGACAGUUGCCAUGGCGAUGUGGCAGAGAAUUCACCACCCGGUACUCAUGUUAUGGAGAUGACGGCCACUGAUCUGGAUGAUGCAGCUGUUGGACAAAACGCUGUACUUGCCUAUCGAAUUGUUGGUAAUGCUGCCCUCAGUGGAGGUAACAGUGGAGCAGAUGUGUUCAGCAUCAACCCUGCUACCGGGACGGUUUCAGUAGCAAUGUCCAGCCUUGACAGGGAGCUGACUGACUCAUAUGUCUUGGUGGUAGAGGCACGAGAUGGUGGAGGUAUGACAGGAACAGCCACGGCCACUAUACACGUAACCGACGUUAAUGACCAUGUGCCACGUUUUCUGGACCGGUCGUGCUCAGUGCGAAUCCCUGAGAGCAGUGAGCCCAACACGGCUGUUAUAGAGUUUGCUGCUGAAGAUGCAGACGCUGGAGAGAAUGGUCAGCUGACCUUCAGUGUAGUGGCUGGUGAUCCUGAACAGAAGUUCUACAUGGUGAGCCAUCGACAGGAGCAGCGUGGGACCCUUUGUCUCAAGAAACGCCUGGAUUAUGAAAGACCAGGUGAGCAAUGUUUCAACCUCACCAUCAAAGUGGAGGAUCUGUCCUACUCCAGCCUGCUACACUGUACACUAGAGGUACUAGACUGCAAUGACCAUGCCCCAGUCUUCAUCCCACACUUUCUACAGCUACCUGCGAUACGAGAGGAUGUUGCCCCAGGAGCUAGCCUAGCAAGUCUGGCAGCCAGUGAUUUGGACUCAGGGCUGAACCGGGAGAUCACUUAUAGCAUCGCUCCUGAGUCUGAUCCAUACCAUUUGUUUUCUGUUGACCAAUCAGGGUUGGUCACUGUGGCUAGCGAGUUGGACAGAGAAAAGGUUGCUCAGCACCACUUGAUUAUAUUAGCGACAGACCACGGCAUGCCACCAUUGACUGGCACUGCGACUAUCCAGAUGGCUCUGCUGGAUGUGAAUGACAAUGGCCCGGAGUUUGAGGCCGCCUAUGCGCCAAUAGUGUGGGAGAAUGUUCUGGGCCCACAGGUUGUGUGGCUUAACCAAAGCUCCACAUUACUUAGAGCUGUGGACCGAGAUUUAGAGGAGAAUGGCUCACCAUUCUCCUUCUCUGUCCCUCUGGAGUAUCGAUACAGCAAUGACUUCCACCUGCAAGAUAACAGGAAUGACACCGCCACUAUCACUGCCCUGAGAGCUUUCGACAGAGAGAGACAGAAAGAGUUCCUACUACCUGUCAUCAUGACUGACAGUGGCAGUCCACCAAAGACCAUCACUAACACCCUCACUAUAACCAUUGGUGAUGAGAAUGACCAUGCCCAUGCAGCUGGACAAAAGAAAGUGUUCAUAAACUGUCACAGAGGUAGAAUGCUAACCAGCAUGCUAGGAAAGGUUUACUCACCAGAUCCAGACGACUGGGAUAACAAGACCUAUGCCUUCGAGGGACAAAUUCCUAAUUAUUUCAUCUUAAACAAGCGGACAGGGAUCCUCAUCAUAAAGGAGAAUACCCCACCUGGAAGUUAUGACUUUCAGGUGCGAGUCUCAGAUGGGGUUUGGCCAGAUGUGGUUUCUAGUGUGAAAGUGAAUGUGAGAGAGCUACAGGACGAUGCCAUCUACAACUCGGCCUCUCUGCGAUUAGCAGAUAUCUCUGCUGUGGAGUUCAUGGAACGUCGUGGCAAUCUGAAGAGCAGAUACGAGCUGCUUGGAGACUUCCUGUCAGAUAUGCUGUCUGUGGGGGUAGAAGACAUUAACAUUUUUAGUCUGGUGGAGGUGCGGGACAAGACUCUGGAUGUGAGGUUCGCCGUACACAGUGCGCCGUUCCUCAGGGCUGAGAGAGUGCACGGAUACCUUGCAGCUCAUAAACAGAAACUCCAGUCAUUUCUUCAGGUUAACAUGACCCAGGUUCAUGUAGAUGAGUGUGUGGACUCCGAUUGCCGAGGAGGAGGGGGCUGUACCAGCCACCUGAGUGUGACUGACAAGCCGGCAGUGGUCGACUCGGGCAGCAUGGCUCUGGUGUCAGUAACCGUGGAAGCCACAGCUGUUUGCAGUUGCUCAGCACGAGAACAUCUCCACCAGAGCUGCUCCAUCUACCCCAGAAACCCCUGCCACAAUGGAGGAGUCUGUGUGGACACACAAAGUGGAUUCAGAUGCCAGUGCCCGGCUCAGUUUGAUGGACCUGAGUGCCAGCAGACAAAACACAGUUUCCAUGGCAAUGGUUAUGCUUGGUUUCCCCCUAUAAGGCCAUGUUUCGAGAGCCACCUCUCACUGGAGUUCAUCACAGAGGUGGCAGAUGGCUUGCUGCUCUACAGUGGACCCCUCUCCCAGCUUCAACCAUGGGAGCCGGAAGACUUCAUGGCUAUAGAGCUGAUUGACGGCACCCCCACCCUGAAAAUCAACCAUGGCUCGGGUACAUUGGUCUUGCAGUUGCCGGGCAACGUGAACGUAGCGGACAGACGGUGGCACAGACUGGAUGUGAGAAGCAACAGCAAAGAGGUGCGUUUUACACUUGACCGCUGUGCAGGAGCCACUAUCAUGGAGAUGGAGGGUGUGGGCAGCUGGCUUACUACUGAAGACCACACUUCCUGUGAAGUCACUGGUGUCACACCAAAUAUGGACAAGCAUUUGAACGUGACACAGGUGCUUCAGCUCGGAGGAGUGAAUGAGAACUUGCCAUAUAUCUACCCACAACUCCAACAUAAGCACUUCACUGGCUGCAUCCGGAACCUCAUCAUGGACAGCAAGUUUUAUGACCUAGGUUCACCUGCGGACUCCUCUGGCAGUACUCCGGGAUGCCUGAUGACAGACAGAAGCUGUCUGAAUAUGGGCUUUCCCUCUUGCGGUACCAGGGGUCGUUGUCAUGGCGAGUGGGGUUCCUUCAGCUGUCAGUGUAUACCUGGGUACAGCGGGCAUCAGUGUGAAAAGGAGGUUCCCGAGUAUUCGUUUGAUGGAAGGAGUCAUGUGCACUUUCAGCUGGCCUUCACGCUCCCAGCCAGACACAUGCAGGUUCAGGUCCUGGUGCGGACCCGCAAAUACAGCAGCUCUCUCCUCAGCCUGCUGUCCAAAGAACAGAAUGAAUAUCUCAAACUGGAGAUCUACCAGGGUCUGUUAACUGUCUUCUACAACCUCGGUGAUGGGGACUUCAACUUGACAGUGCCCUCUUAUCGCAUAGACAAUGGAGGGUGGCAUGAUGUGCACUUAGAUCGUCACGACAACGAGUUUACCCUACGCCUGGAUGGUGGGGGCGGAAGACGAGAGGUCACUGGCUCGCCGGGUCACAGUAGGGAGAUUGUUAUUGAUUCCGCUGUUGUGAUGCUGGGCAACUCAUUCCCCUCAGGACACAACAAGAGCUUCCAAGGCUGUAUGCGGGACCUGAGGCUCAAUGGGUGGUAUAUUCCCCUGGAUGGUCAAACCAGAGAGGUGGUGUCUGUGGUCAGUUCUCAGGGUGUGUCUCUGGGCUGUUCCUCCGACUCCUGCAGGAAAAACCAAUGCAGUCCCCCCUUUACAUGUGUGGACCUGUGGAGGAUCCAUGAGUGCAGGUGUCCCCCAGGACACAUGGUCAAAACAAACUCCACAGGCAAGUUCUGCGUGUACACACUAUGUGCCAGCCGCCCAUGUCAAAGGGGCACUUGUGUGGCACAAUCUCCCUCCAAAUUCACAUGCCACUGUCCAGAGGGUUACCGCGGCCAGCACUGUGAAGUGACGCUGGCCAUUUACCGAGACGACGUGGGACUCAGUUUCAGUUCCCUCUUCGCCAUAUGCAUCUGCUUUAUGGCCCUGCUAGUGUUGCUGUUGGGGAUUUUCCUGUACACACGGUGGAGGAGCUACAAGGGGUUGAAGGAGGGAGUCUAUCACGUGUCAGCUCACCAUGAUGGCUGGGAGGAUAUCAGAGAGAAUGUUCUCAAUUAUGAUGAGGAGGGUGGCGGAGAGGAAGACCAGAAUGCCUACGACAUGGCAGAGCUCCAGAAGUCCCUGCAGCCCAGUCCAGCCCAGUCGGUGCAGUACAACCGAUCCCGAGCCAUCCACCAUCACCACCCUCCAUCCCAGCAGCAACAGCAACACUUUUGCCAGCCUGACCCUCCCUCCAGAGUGUGCAAAGCCACCACCACCUCCUCCAUCUCAUCAGGCACCACAACCAUCCGCAGGGACGUGCCCCCCUCCCGCUCUCCAGCUCAAGGCCAGACUGCAAAUACCAGCCGAGCUGCCCAGCUGGCCCGCAAGAGUCUGUCCUUCUCCAGCCAGGACCUGGCCCGUUACCUGUGUGAAAUUAUCCGUGAUGCAGACCAGCACCCGGAGACGCCACCCUUCGACUCUCUGCAGGUCUUCUCCACGGAGGGGGGUGGCUCGCUGGCCGGGUCACUGAGUUCCUUCAGCUCCGCUGGGCUGGAAGAGGGAACAGCAGGUCACGAGUGUCUGAAAGAGUGGGGGCCACGCUUUGAGAAGCUGAAAGCCCUCUACGAGCGAGCUGAGGGAAGUGACCUCUGAGAGAAGAGUUCUUACAGUCUGAGGAGAGGAGGGAGACCACUAAAGACUUUUUUUGUGAAAACCAGAGGGAUUUUUCGUUCUCUGAAAUACCUAUUUGUCUUUCUAUUGUUGUAUUACUUCAUGCAAGAUGACUCCCCAUGCAUACAGAGCCAGUUCUGGGACUCUCAACAAGUAUCAAAUGGGAAGUGCCAAUCCAGUACACGAGAAUUCCAUGGGCAUCUUUAUUACAGUGACUUGCGGAUGACAAUGAUUUUAGUGGAACCAUUUGUUGUCUUUGUGACAGACACUGGCAGAGUGCCUCUAACGUGCCUCGGUCUGAUCUUUCCUGAUAUACCAUUCUAUAUGUCUGUAUGGUCUAUGUGUUCUUAAAGGAAAGACGGAAUGAAAAAAAAAAUGAACUGAGGUGCUUGGAUGUCACUUGGAGGGGGUUUCUCCUCUCCGCUGGUUUCAAUGGCUGGUUUCUGAAAUCACUUUGCUGCUUGUUCUGUCAGAGUGGCUACUUGUGUUCAUCAAUCAUAACCUCAUACUCGGAUACUGUUGAUUUCUUCUAUUUGCUCAGCCCUCAGUAUAAAUUCUAUUCACUUGAAUGCAAGGAUGAAAGAGGCAGUUUGGGGAAGAAAAAAAAAGACCAAUAAAACUGAAGAUGUGUGGGAAACUGUAGAAAAUGAAACAGAAAUAAGUCUUAUUGUUUGGCAUUUUAGGAGACAUUCCCUGGGAAUACAAAUUGUGUCCUCUCUUUCCAGCCAAAAAGAAGCGAAGGAACGGCUGGAAUACAUAUGUGACUGAGAUGAAGAACAAGGUUGAGUGGCUGGCAUGAGGAUGGAAGUUUUCUGUAGCUGAAAACUAUGGAAAGUCAUUGGCUCUUGUCCUUUACUUGGCAGUACUGGUCACAGCCCUCGAAGUCUGCCAUACUAAAGAACAGCAAUUAAGACAAAUGAAAAAAACAAAAAAAAAAUGUGUGUUGUUCUAUAUGAUCAACUCAAACUUAAGGAGCUUUCAGCACUGGAAUGAGCUUACAAUGAGUGGGAGUUUGUCCAGUGUGCUUCCUUUUGAAAGUAUUGUAUUAUUAACCAAACCAGCUUGUCCAACCAUAUCAUUAUUUCCUCUCCUGCUAUAAAUAACCCUGAAGCCCCCUCAUAGCCCAUCACAUUAUUCAUCUCUGCGGUGUAGAAAAGAUGGGUCUCAGUACCAGGUGCAUUUAGCACAAAAGCGGGAGUGCAAGUGUGCGUGUCGGUUGUUUCAGACCCUAAGCACCUCCUGUGUAAUGUUUAAUGGGCUUGUGGUGAGGCUGCAUGUAACGAGAGUAAGCUUCUGUGCACUGCUUUACCGGUCCGCAAAUGGAACACUAACAGUCAUGUAGCCUCCUCCGGUGAGGCCUCAAAUGCCAGCCUUGUAUCUGAUGCAUUUCAAGGCAAUGUUUUUGCCCUCCUUUUAUCAUUCCCAUUAUUUAUUUUUUUUAUUAUUGGAGAAUGUGUAUGUGGAGCAUGACAGGCUGGUUAAAGAGAGAGGAGAGAGUAGGAGUGUGUUAAAAGACAUCAGAGUGCUAAUCCUAAUGUGAACUGAUCGCUCUCUGUCAUGCUGUGAACCAAAGGAUCAUGGUAGUUGGAAAACUCGAAGUUGUCACUCUUAUUAUGGAUCUCAAAAAGUGCCAAUUUUUCCAAAAGCAGCAACAAAAGUAUAUAUAAUUUUUUUUUUUUUAUAUAAGUGAAGCCCAGAAAUAUAGCUGGAAGUGCGAUGCUUGCAAUUUCAUAGAGUGAAAAAAGAGGCCAAUGGUAUUGGAAUCAUCCUUGUAAGGGGAUUGGAGAGGAUACAAUGUGAGGUGAGAGCAUUCAUGAAUAAAAAACAGAAUCAUAGAUUUCCUUAUCUUACAAGAGCAAUUCCGCUUCGAUUUUUAACCAAGGCCACCUGUUUAUUUGUGUGGUGAACAUACAGUACGAUAUUUUUGUGAAACUGAUUUUACCUCAUUUGUGCAUUUCGAAGACCUUAUUGCUUUUUUAAAAUAUAUAAAGGGAAAGCUUUUGUUAAAAGCUGUUUCCCCCACCCCCCCCAUGGAUUAUUUAAUCUUUCUUUUAGUUGCUAAAAGUAUCUUGAUAUUUUGUAUUUGCAUCCUUUAAAAUGCUUUUAUUUUGUCUUUUCUGAAUAA